UGUCACGGUCACUGACUUUGGCAUAUAAUGAAACGGGGCGGCUACGAACUCGUAUAUUUAGUUUCGGAAUGAGGUUUAUUAUUGAAAUGUACGUAAUUGGACAUUUAGGACUAAAUUGGGCUUUGAAGUUUAAUAUCUUUUGAAAACGAAAGUUGUUAACAAGGAAAACAUGGCGGAAGGAAGGAAGUGUACUGAAAGUGUGCUCGGUGCCUCUGAGGAAAUUUUUGAUUACAACUGUUCACCGUGCGAAGAAUCUGGAGUAUAUAAGGAAGCACAUACAUACUGUAAUAUGUGUAAGUUGUAUUACUGUAUGAAAUGUACCGGAGAUCACGACAAGUUUCCAGCUUUAAGGGGUCAUGUGAUAACAAUAGUAAGUUUAUCAGGCAUUCGGCAUUACCUACCUUUGGACACAACGACUGUGACCUCACAACCUGAACAAACUGUUCAAACUGGAACACAUGGUGUAUCAAUACCAGCACCUCCAGUUCAGCCGUGUGAGAACCAUCCUGAAGAAAUGAUAAAGAUGUAUUGUGGUGAACAUGAUGUUGUCUGUUGCACUGUGUGUAUAGCACAUGAUCACAGAGAGUGCAAAGACGUUCACUACAUUCUAAAGCUGGCUGAAGAUAUCAGAACAAGUCAAGAGUACAACGACUACGUGGAGAAUAUGACAAUGAUAAAAACCUUGUGCAAGGACACUAAACAGUCCAUUAAAGAUAAAACAAAUACGAUAAGUAAUGCUAAAAUUGAAAUUAUUAAUGAAAUAAAAGAGUACAAAAGAGAAUUAGUUUCAAGAAUAGAAGAGCUUGAGAGUAAGUCGCUAGAGAAAGUGAAUGAAAGGUAUAAACAAAUAAUAGAAAGAUUGAAUGCAACUGCAGGUCAUGUUAAUAAAGUAUUACAAAAGGUAACAAAUCUUGUUCAAGAGAUAGACAAUGUCGAUGAGGCACAACUUUUUGUUCAAAUGAAAAGAAUGAGAUCAAUGAAAGACGAAAAAGGUCAGAUUGCCAAAAAUCUUAAAACGUUUGAAGGACUGAGUUUUUCAUUAGACGAGAGUAUUAGAAAUGCUCUCGAUAAUGCCGACGGACUUGCUGUUGCAAACGUACCUCACAAAAUUCUUUCGAAGAAAGAGUUUGAUAUUAGUUUUGAUAAUGACGAAUACGACACGUACGGUGUGCGUGAUAUGUGUAUCUUGGAUGACGACACCUUGGUUAUUACAUGUAAAGACAGAUUGAAACGCUUUAGUAGGUCAUUUGAUAAAGUGGCUAACAUAUCGGUCACAGGGACACUGGUUGGUAUAUGCAAAACUUCAAGGUCAAAAGAAUUAGCUGUUACAAUAAUAGACAGGCAAACAAUACAAUUUGUUCAGUACACUGCAAGAACAAUGUCCCUGACAAAAUCGUUUAAAGUAGGUGUUUCAUGCAAAGGUGUUUGCUGUAGAGGUGACUAUCUGUUCGUCACUUGUGGCGGGGGCGACGGUUUCCCCGGUUAUCUAAGACAGUAUGAUAUGAAAGGUAACCUUAUCUGCGCAAUUGACACUGACAAUGCCGAUGUCCCAGGUAACCUUAUCUACCCAAUUGACACUGACCGACCAAUCUUCACAUCUCCCCGUCUAAUGACUCUUGAUUCUAUCACAAAGAACAUAUAUAUAGCAGACAGAGACAACGGAAUAAUUGUUCUUGACAGGAAUAGAAAGAUAGAGAGCCAUUUGUAUGGUUCAUUUUUGAAAUAUGGAUUCGGUAUUUGUCUUACAACUAGGAAUAAUAUUCUUGUGUCCGGCGUUGUUUCCCAUGCUAUACAUCAAUAUGAUGAGAAUUUCAGAUAUGUAACAACCAUCUUGAACCUUACGGAUAUAAUUGAUGAAAUGGAUUAUCCUACAGCCAUGCUAUUUGAUGAAUCAAAGAAACUGUUAAUUGUUGGCACGCAUAAACACAAUAAAAUAUAUGUUUAUGAAGUUGAAUGUUAAAAGAGACUGUAUAUAGUUAAAAAUAGGCGAUAUGCCGAUACUUUGGUCAGAUAUUUGUUUCUUUGUGUAUGUUUUCGAUAGGAACGUGUCAGAAAAAAACAUGUAGAUUCAAAUUUCAUGUAUAAAAUUGGUUUGUUUUAUUAUUAUUUUGUGCGGUUAGACAUAUUUUCAAAUGUCUGAUACAGAUAAAUCAUCCUGUUUUGACAAAUUUGGACGAGUCAUGUUUUAAAAUAUAAUAAGUGCAAUGGCCUAUUGGAUAAUGCACCUGUCCCGCAAUCGGAAGGUCGAAGGAUCGAGCCCUGUCAGAGGCGUGUCUUGUUUUUGAAGAGACACUGGUUGGUGAGCCGCCAGCUAGUUAAAUAAUGGUUACCGAUUGCCUACCUGCCUGGUGCCUGGCAUUUAAAAAUAGGAAUCGGGAAGUAAUGCUGUUCAAUGUAUGUAGGUGUCUCAUAAGCCAAACUGGCUGGCCCUUUUAGUAGGGGCGACAGUAUAAUAAACAAACACUUUACUUUACUUUUACUUUAUAAUAUACAAAGUCGCAAAUUUGUAAUUAGACUUUUAUAUUCGACAAUCUUACAUUGAAUUGUUUUAGCUUGUUCUGUUGGUAGGUUAACCUCACCGAUGAUCACAUUUUUAUUUUCACGGACUUGUUCAAAUGUGAAAUGUGAAAUCACUUUUCUGGUGUUCUUGUUGUUAAAAUGACAUCAAAUCAUUAUAUAUAUAUAUAUAUGUCAAGCUUAUAUGAUAUUUAUAAGAAGAGCAAAGACUUAUUUGCUAAAUGAUUUAUAUAUUAUGAUAGCUGAUAAUAUUUUUUUUAUUAGUUAUGUAUAUUACGGAAAUAUACCGUGUUACGAUAAAUAGUCGAAGCAAAUUGAAUACAUCAGUUGUACAGUUGACAAUUUUGAUUUUCUUACUGAGUGUAAAUUGAUUAAAUUAGUUGUAUGACAUUUUUACUGAGAGUAAAUUGAUUCAAUCAGCUGUAUGGCUUUCCUAUUGAGUGUAAAUUGAUUCUAAUUGAUUCUAUCAGUUGGUACUCUCAGUAGUACUAGUAAGAAAGUUGCGUGACUUUCGUACUCAUUUGUAUGACUUUCGUACUGAGAGUAAAACAAUUCAGUAAGUUGUAUGACUUUCUUACUGAGUGUAAAUUGAUGGAAUCAGUGGUUUGACUUUCUGACUGAGUGUUAAUUGUUUCAAGCAGUUGUAUGAUUUUUCUUAAUGGAGUCAAAAUGAUAAAAUCAGUCGUAUUACUUUCUAACCAAGAGCAUAUUUAUCCAGUAAGUAGUAUGGCGUUAUUACUGAGAGUACUGCUGAGAGUUAAUGGAUUAAAUAAUUUUAUGACGCUCUUAGCACUGCGAGUAAAUUGAUUCAAUCAGUUGAUACUCUCAGCAGUAUUACUAAGAAAGUUGUUUGACUUUCGUACUGUGGGUAAAUUGAUUCAAUUAGUUGUGCGACUGAUUAAUUCAGUAAACUGAUUAAAUAAUUUAUAUGACUUUCUAACUGUGAGUAAAGUUAUUCGAGUAGUUGUAUGACGUUCUUACUGAGAGAAAUUUGAUUAAAUCAUUUGUAUGACUUUGGUAAUACUGAUGUAUAUAUAUUAAAUCAUUUUAUGACGUUCUUAGUACUGCGAGUAAAUUUUUUCAAUCAGUUGUAUGACAUUCUUACUGAGAGAAAAGUGAUUCGAUCAAAUAUAUGACUUUCCUACUGAUAAUUUGAGACAAAAAAAUAUUGUACAUAAAUUCACAUUAUUGUUUAUUUUGAUGUGUAACCCAUUGCCCAAUUAUUAUUUUGUUAUUGAUGCAAAACGUAGAGAACUUUGAGAAUAAAGGCUUAUACAGUUUGGGCACAGCUAUGUCGUUUUGAAAUACAUGUAACGUAAUGUUGACUAGUUUACCGUUUUUACAAAAUUGUUUUAGGGCUUAUACAAAGGAAAAUAUCUUCUGAUCACUUUAGAUUCAGGAUUUAUUUAUGCUGUUAAUGGUCAAAAUUAGCCAUAAUCAUAACUAUCAAAGUGGUAUGUCCAAAGUGUCCCCAACACGACUUCAGUUUUAUUCUAAGACCCAAUUCUUCGUAGACUGUUCAACAUGCAGCUCAGUAUCAGAAGAGUAUGUGUCGAGGCUGAAUAUUACAUGUUUAGCUUGUAUGAUAUUAUGUUAGAGCAUGUAAGAAUGUAUACUGUCAUAUGUUAUUGCUCUUUGUAUUGUAAAAAUGUUCUGUUGAAUAUGCAA